GGACUUUUCUUCACUGGCGUUAUGGCGAUGCUUUCUUUCCAUCCUAUGUGCAUCCUCGUGGGCAUGUAUAUAGUGUUUAUGUCGAUGGUGACUGCUGUGAUUGAAGCACCGUUGAUCUAUCGCAUCUCAGAGUUCACACAGGGCCUGCAUGCCAGGUUCGACGGCGUCAAAUGCUGGCAGAAGGGGGUCUUCUAUACCGCCUCGAUUGUCCCGGUGUUCCUGUGUAUCGAGUUCACCACCAUCCUCUCCAUCCUGUUCCUAACCGGAAACGCUGUGGGAUACAUCUUCUUAGCUAUGAGUACUCGCAGACAAGGGCUGUCUGUGAGGUCCGAUGGAGGCGAAUCAGGCCUAUCCACAACGACAGAUGAUCCAUUGCUGACAAGUUAGAAAACGACUUGUAGCAUCAACGGAUAUACGGAAGCACGGCGUGGUAUUGGUCUGAAUACUGAUCAGUGCGUAUUAUACCAAUAUUAGAGUGCAGAAUUAGUCAACCAGAGAUGAAUUAAUGGGGAGUUACCUGGCUUGGCGAUAAGGCUAUGAAUGGAGACCGCUAUAAACUUGAUUCACGCUAAAAAUAACCUAGAUUGCGAUGUACUAAUAUCGAAAGGUUCUUCAGUGCAAUGGAUGAGAUAUAACCAGAGCAAGUGAGAUGACUAGUACAAGACCUCCAUCUAUUUAUGUCAGUAGGUCAGUUUCAGAAAUAAAAUAAAUACAUUGUCAAUAGCAGAACAUGCUUCAGUAUGAA